AUGGUAGAAGAGGAAGGGCUGGAAGCCUCCAAACAGCGCUACCAAGCCCCAUCGCCGAGGACACGCCGCGAACUGUCGCCCGGAGCUUCGGUGCAUCACUUGCAGUACAACUCGCCGAUGAACUUGUACUCGACCGAGUCGGCCGCCGAGCAGUACAACCAGCAGACAGGACUGCCAGUUGGCCCCGUUCCUCGUGCCAAUUCACCCUACCUGAAUUCUGCCACCCGCCAGGCUAUCGCUGAGGAAGAGGGAGCCCGUUUCCUCCGUGGCACCUCCCCGACCUGUUCGCCGAGCUUCAAACGCAUCAGCAGCGCCGUCGGCACCCCCGUCAAC